UGUACACGCACAUCUUAGUAAGGUUGUGGCCUUUGUAGACAGAUAUAUACUAAACCGGAGACGGAGUAUAGCAAUUGUACAUAAGAGUGUAGCAUCGGAGAACCUAAUAAGCCUAUGUUUUAACUUGCAUAAAUAUGGCAUAGAUGUUCAUUAAUCUUAGUAGAACAAGCGGUCCCAUUGAUAGAUAUUUGUUUUAGCGGAUAAUCACCUUAACGAUACGUUAGUGAGCAGCCAAAGGUUAAUACCAUCGGGGAUGAUAAACCUUUUCAAAAGCUCCCAGCUCAACUCAACCGUCAAGUUUACAUGAUGGGAAGCAAUCGUCUUGAAGCCGCCGAGAGAUGGUUUAAGUCACCCUCUGCUGAAACGGACAAGGGCUUAAUAAAAUCAUCGGUUUUUCCAAAAGAAAAGCAUCAUCGACGAUCAGUGACUACUCUGCCACCAAUGACGGACGAUCUGAACACCAAAACAGCCAGGGGAAAAAUCAUUUCACAGUCUAUCGUACCGGGUAUUGAUGGUGGCGAUAACCACUUGAAAGGUAAACGAAGGAUAAGCCAGGAGUCGAACCAUAUGAUUGUUACCCAUUUACGUCGGAAGCUUCGCCAACGUAUGAACCAAUGGUAUGACGAUACAAUUUCAUUAAGUGAUGACGAAACAUCUUCAAUUCAACAAAGUCAAAUUCAAUCUCCCGUUAAGAGUUCAUCAAGGCAAGAUAUUUUCCACAAAUAUAAUGACAUUGGUGGUAGAUUAAGCAAAGAAGGUCACGCUAAAGACGGCCUUUAUCCAGUACCACAACGUUUACCAUCCGAAAAUGUGAGCCUUGAGCUCAUCGGAAAGUUUGGAAAACAUCCUGACACCAAAAUGGCAGAAAAGCUCCGCCGAGUGUCGGAUGCUGGUCUACGGUCUUCAGUCUUGAUAAAUGGCAACAGAGAAUUAGUUACAAUAAAUGCUGGACUCGAUAAAAGACUCUCAAUGUUGAAAAACGCUAAUUUUUCAAUUGAUGUUGAAAAGAGAGAUGUAAAGGAUUCUGUAAAGCUUGAACCUCUUCAUGCAUCUACAUUUGAUGUAAACUUUGUUUCAAAGACGCCCUCUGAUGGCACACAAUCUACUGCGAGCACAAGAAGUGGCUCAUCAAGGAAGAGAUCAUCUGGAACCGAUAGGAGUUUGUCCCCCGUUGAUUUUAAAAACUAUGAAAACAAUGUCAGCUUUCCAGGAACACCCAUCAAAUUACCAGCGAUAUCAAGUAAUGUUCCACCCACCAACAGUGAAGUACUUUUAACUGCUACUAUGGACAAUGAUACAGGUCGUUUAGAUGAUGAUGUAUUAGAGGAAGACACCUCAUGUAUAAGCCCAGUGCCUGAGCAAUAUCCUUAUAUCUUAGUAACUGAGGAGGCUAAUACAGUUGAAUGUUUUGAUUGGGAGGACGCAUUUCAUCGAAUACUAAAAGGAAAUGUUAAUAUACGUUGUCCGGUUGAAACGAAGAUUAUCCAAAUUUACCUCUCAUCCACAUUUCCAGAUUUCAUUGCCGAGAGAACGUCAAUUAUUGGUAAAGCAGUUCCGAGACUGAAGCAGUAUUGUCGUGACAGGGGGUUUGAAUUCCAACUCCGCGAUCACAACUGGGGCUUAAAAGACACUAACACUGACGAUCACUCUCAUACCAAACUCUGCUUAAAGGAGCUGAAGUCUUGUCAGAGACUAUCAAAAGGCCCUAAUUAUGUAUUAUUACUGGGACAGAAGUACGGUCAAUGCCCAUUACCAUCCGUUAUCACAGCCUGGGAAUACCGAGCAAUAAUUGCUGGCCUUCAACAAGAAAAGGAGUUCUAUGUUAACCUAUAUAGACCAAUAUCUAAAACUACCACAGGAAAUGGGGGUGACUCCCUAGAAGUUCCAUCUCAGAAUUCCAACGAUGGUAAAGGAUUCGUUGAUUCGGUAGUAGCUGCGUUUGCACAUAAAGUCAGUAUAUCCAAGCAAGAUGAAAGCCAAGGAGCCAGAUCGAGAUCAGGAUCUUUCAAUGCAACUCCUUCAAGAAAAACGUCACAAACAAAACAACCUCAAAUUAAACGAUCGUCUGUAAAGAAGAGUACCAAAUUCCACGUUGCCGCCAAGAGAGUAGUGACGACACUGCGGUCCUUCAGCAUUGGACCAGCAAUUCAAACCAAGCGGAAAGGAACAGUAAUAGUUGAAGACCUUGAGAAUGAUGUAAAAGAUGAAAUAGUCGAUGAUUCAAAGGAAAAAGCAGCCGAAAGAAAGUAUGAUGCUGAUAUUAACCUCGUAAAUUCUUGGUAUAAGCUGGAUGAAAAUUCUCUACCUCAUGUAUACAGGCUUCAGUGUAUAAGCUCGCAAUUCAAAGACUUUUGCAGUCCCGAUAAACAGAAGAAGCAGAGAGCUUUGAAUCAAUGGCGAAGUAUUCAGAAAAAACUACAAGACGUCAUAGGCAAAUUUGUUAAAAGCGUACUUACCGAUCAGGAUCGGAUUCGUGAAUUUAACACAUCGGUUGUAGAGCGUGAGGCUCAACAAGCUGUCCUUAACCCUGAUAUUGACACGACUACCAAAGUGCAAUGUUUUCAAAGAAGAUUCGAGAAUCUGAAACAAAACUUACAAGAUUUUGCCGCAAAGGAAUACACAGAUCUAUUGCCGAUGAAAGCUGAAUCUGAUCCGGUGCUUACUCAAAAAGCGGAAGAAUUAAUAGAUAACAAAAUCCUACAGAAGCUUAGUUUAGCAAACCUGCAUACAUACACCAUAUCCUGGGAUCGGGAAGGUAUUAACCCAGACGGAAAUCGCAACCAUAAGCAUUAUUUGGACAAGUUAGCAAACGAGUUUCAUGAUUCCCUCAAAAUGAAAAUAGAACCAAUGAUUUUAUCUGAAAAUUCCAGCAAGUCAGAGAUGAACCAAUUCUAUGAAGAGCUAUCCCAGCAUAUCAAAUUUAUUUACCAUAGAUCAAACUGUUUCUUUGGGUUUGGUAAAGUUCUCAGUAAUAUUAAAGAAUAUUUGUGCAAUACAACCAACCAGCUCCUCAUAUUGCAUGGUAAAGCUGGCUGUGGAAAAUCUAGUCUGAUGGCCAAGGCAUCGCUUAUGUUACCUUCAUGGACGAAAGGGUCAAAACUUGCUAUAGUUGUGAGAUUCAUCGGAGCUACAGCUGACUCUGAAAUGGCCCGUUGUUUACUCAGGGGCAUGUGUAUUCAAAUUUCGAAUAUAUAUGAUCUAGAUUCAACAACGAUACCAGAGGAUUAUUUUGGAUUGAUCAAUGAUUUCGCUGGAAGAAUACAGGCUGCAAGUUACGAGCGCCCUCUGGUAAUCUUUAUUGAUGGCCUUCAUCAAAUGUCGCCGGAGAAUAUUACAGCUAGCGAAGGAUGGCUGCCAAAAGACAUACCUCCAAAUGUUCACAUUGUUUUAUCAUCUGCGGAUGAUGCUUCAUAUACGACGUUUAAAUCAUUGAAGAAACAAUUUCCGUCUGCGAAUUUCUUACAAGUGCCUGAUUUAUCAGAGAGGGAAAUUUCCACCAUAUUGUACCAUCACCUAUCGCUCGGAAAUAGAACAUUGACUGAAGAACAACAAAGCUACUUAAUUGAUUGUGUACUUGAAAACCCAACACAUCUGUAUCUUGAAAUGGCAAUAAGAGAAGCACUAAAAUGGAAAAGCUAUUCACUCCAAAAGGAAACGCGUUUAGGAAGCACAUCUAAAAAGCAGAUAAAUGCAUUUUUUCUAUCUUUGGAGCAAUCCAUCGGUGAACCAGUUGUACGCAGGGCAAUAGGUUAUUUGACGGCAUCUAAGUGUGGGCUUACGGACAACGAAAUGGAGGACCUUCUUUCGUUAGAUGAAGCUGUCAUGGAUGACAUUGUGAGUACAAAUGGGACUCCGUUGCAUCGUCUUCCUCCGGCUAUAUGGUCCAGGAUGAAGGAGUUACUUAAUCCCUACCUCACUCGGACUACUUGCUGUGGACUAAUAUUAUACCGGUGGGCAUAUCACCUGUUCAAAGAGGUUGCAACUGAAAGGUAUCUCUUAUCUAAAGACAAAGCACCAUCUUAUCACCUUGCACUCGCCGAAUAUUUUUCUGGUAAAUGGGCUGACACACCUAAACCUUGUAAAUCAAGUGAACAAGGAAAACUGCGGUUUGUGGAUUCUCAGUUAUUAGCGUACGAAAGUAAUUUGUCUCCAGGUUCAGGCGUAUCGAAAAAGUAUUACAACUUCCGCAAGCUACACGAACUCCCGUACCAUCUUUUGAACGGUAAACGAAUAGAUAUUCUUAAGUCCGACGUAUUAGUAAACUUCGAGUGGACUUUGGCCAAGAUCAAGGGAAUGUCCUUACGAGAUGUCUUAGAUGACCUCCAGAGUGGUCUUGCAAGUGAGCCAAAUGAUCUGGAGUUACGUCUGAUAAGUGAGACACUACAGCUUUCAGCAAUUGCCCUCAGAAAAAAUCCAAACCAACUGGCAUCCCAGCUGAUAGGUCGACUGCAUAACAUAAUCUUGAAUGACAAGCCAAUGUCGAUCGGAGAUCCAAAGAAGUACCCUCUCGUUGGAGUGAUGUUAGGCCAGGCCGGAAAAUCUUCAACUCCUGCUUUAAUACCAUCAAUCACGUGCCUAACACCACCAGGGGGCGUCCUAUAUGACCUUCUUGCGGGCCAUACAGAUUUCAUAACGGCACUCACAACUACAACUGAUGGACUUGAUGCCGUUACAGCAUCACGUGAUGGGACUCUCAAACUCUGGGAUCUCAGAAGUAGAAAAGUUUCAAAAACAAUUGAAAAUGUUGGAAAACAGGUUGAUUCACUUCACGUAUGCAUGAAUAACUUGUUUGUUGUCACCACUGAAGCAAUGCUAAUUCGGAUUUGGAAUAUUCAUCAGGGUAUUUGCAUAAAGGUUAUAGACGAGUUCAUUGACCCCGCUAUCAUUACGUCUGCUGGAAUUGAACAGCAAUACCUCGUCGCCUUCUUUAAUGGGUCAAAUGUUAUGAGGUCAUGGGAUCUGACAGAUGAUUACACAAUGAUUCAAGAAAUUAAAAUCCAAGAUGAAGCAAUUCAUAAAGAUGGAUCUCUUUGCUUGUCGAAGAAUCCAUGCGGAGAGAAAGUUUUCUUUGCUUUUCGAAGUGAUAACAAAGCUCGAGUACUAAAUGCAAAAACAGGAGCCAUGAUACAUUGCAUACGUACCACCGGAGAAUCUGCAUCAAUUACAGCAUUGGGCGUGUCACGUGACUAUUACAUCAUAGCCUGUCGCUACCAGUACAUGAAGCUGUCAGAAAUCUAUCACUUAGAAUUAUAUGAUAACACCAACGGAAACUAUUUACGCUCCAUCAAAGGAUGUACGCAAGACACAAUUAAUGAACUAUGUAUCAACAAAAUGGGCUCCCAUGCACUAAGCCUAUGUUACUCAGCACAAUCUAAUGCCACGGACGUAGCAGUCUUCAACCUUGAAACGGAUGAUCAUAAGCAUCUUGCCCGACAUGCUCAGGUGUCAACAAUGGGGACGUGCGUGAACCUUAGCUAUUGUUUAACGGCGUCUAAACGCGACAAGGCACUGCGUAUUUGGAAUUUCACCAAAUACGUUAACGAUCGUGAGUCUGGAGAUAAUAAGAACAAAAAGAGGGAUGGCGUGGCUGCCAUAGUUCCAAUGAUAGGGAACCCGAGAUACGUGGUUGCCAAGACCAUCAACAACGGCCCGCUCUCUGUUUGGAACGUUGUCAAAGGAAAAUGUGCUGAUAAAGCGGUCCGAAUCGAGAGAGGUCUAGUUGACCAACAUGACAUUGUGCUCAUCCGAAAUAACAAAGCCGUCAUUCUGUCUGACAAAGGCAUGUCGACGGUAAGCGACAAACAACAAUUUGUAUUUCAAACGGUGUUCAUGUACGAUCUACGCUUAAAGAAGUAUUUGCGUAAGUUAAACCAGGUGUUUAUUGUGCCCUCACCGGCACAUGAGUAUAGACUUUUGGAAGGUGACUUGUUGAUGGGUAUGUCGGAGAAUCGUGAUCACCUAAUUGUUUGGAAUCUUGAAAAUGGCCACAUUAAAUACAGGAUUAAAACAAAGUUUCGUGAGCUUGAGAGGCAACGUGUGUUGAAUCAUGAAGAAGGAAAACCGACGUGGCGAAAAAGGCGCGAAAUGACAGCAAAAAUGCUACCAUGGGACCGGAGGACUGAGACAACUACAGCAAGACAGAAAAGAAAAGAUGAAGAGAUGGACGAAGAAAAGAAACGAAUAGACGACCUUAAAAAGGAAAAAGAGAACGCCAUAGGACAAUUCAUAAUGAGUAGAGAUGAGCAAGUUAUUGUAUGUUCUUACUUCGCUCACCACAUGUGUGUUUUUGAUGUUGAAACUCAGACGCAUACACAGACACUUGAAAAUGAAAACUCAAUGUUAUUUCUGUACCAUUCCUCAAUGACAAGUAAAGGGACACAUCUCGUCCAUGCAAAUUAUGAUGACCAGGAGAAAGUAAGCUACAUAACAUUAUGGGACCUUGACACAGGGAAAGUAAAGAAACGUCUAAAAAAUGAACCAAACGUAUGCUGCAUCGGUUUGAAUGAUCUUGCAGACAGGGUUCUUUUCGGCAACGAUAAGAACAUUUUAAAAAUAUGGGAUGUACGGGGUCGAAAAUCAAAAUUAAGGAAACUGAAAACACCAGGACUGGAACUAACGUUGCAGAGUAAAGUUUUCAUGAUUGAGGAUGGAAAACAAGCGGUUGUAUUCAGCAAUGACGUAACAUUAUGGGAUUUAGACAACGGCUCUCCGUUGGCUAUGUUCUCACCAGACAUUCGCAUCACAUGUGUAGAUGUUGUAAUGGAAGGUAAUCUGAUUGUUAUGGGAUUGUACGACACGUCAGAUAUCGUAACGUUGCGCUUGAAAGGUCGUAAUGUUAAAUAUCUUGAUUUUAAAAAUAGUGCUAAGUCACAGGAAUUGUUUGGAGAGACAACUGGUGACACUACAGACGAAGAUUCGUCAGAUUCUGCAGCAGAUGGAUCUACUGGUGACUCUGCGUAAAGUUUACAGCUUUCAUGACAAUGUCUACUAUAAAACUUUGGUCAAUAUGUUUGUUUUGUGUUAGCAAGCGAAAUUAAGAGGCGUUCAUUUGUGUAUGCAUGUAUUAAUUGUACAUUACACAAAAAAUAUAAACGCCUUGCUUCAAAAAGGCUUAUCUUGGACAAGAAUUUCUGAGUGUUCACUUGUUUACAUUUCAACUUUUGCUUAAUUUUGAAUUUCAACACGUAUUAAUUGACACAUUAAUUAAAUUGGUGCUUUAUAAGAAAUAACUAUAUAAUUUUUUUUAAAUGUAAACAUGAUCAGUGUGAAUUUAGAUUGAUUUAAGUCAAAUUAAACAUGAAAUAAGCCUAUUCACUUACAGUAAUAUAUAUUUCAUAUCUAAACAUCUUUUAACUUAACUGGGUUUGGUUGAUACGGAUGUUUUUAAUAUGGUCUCUCAGAUUAAUUUCAUCAUUAUGUUCAACCUGGAAUAUCAGAAACGUUUUAUUCGAAACAGGGAUUAUUAUUAUUAUUAUUAUUAUUAUUAUUAUUAUUAUUAUUAUUGUUGUUGUUGUUUUAAAUGAUGAUUAUGAUAUUGUUGUUGCUGUUACUGUUGUCAAUGAUAUUAUAUAUAUUAUUUCAUUAUUACCAUCAUUAUGAAUUCAUGUUAUUACAAAACAUUAGGAAGAUAAAAUUAAAAUAAUUAUGUAUAUUAUGUUACGGUAUAAAUGUUAAACAUGGUGUAAAUAAACUCAUACAGCCAAAAUAUAUUUGUUUAUUGAAAUGUACAAUUUAUAAGACAUUAUAAUGUAAACAAAUGUAAAUAAAACAUUUUUGUUCUUUUAUUUGUCUAUAUUUCAUUUUUGUCGGCCGUAAUAUAAUACCACAAGUGUUUUCAAUUAUGUUCACAAUAAUAUGAGUUUAGGUUUGUGCAAAAAAAGUUCAUAACACAACAUAAACCUACAUCAACAAGUGCAUGACAGUGAUCCACAUUCCUUCAAAUCAAUAAAAUAAUGUCGUUUGAGGACCACGAGGGAGUUUGUCAAAAGACAGGGAUACGGUGCAACAGCAAAGAAGCAUUUGUGGUGCUAUUGAAUUUGAAAGCUUGGGCAUAUAUACAUUGAAAAUUAAUAUGUCAGAUGAAGUAAAGAUCGGAUUAAUUAAAUAAAAAUAAAAUAGUGUCAAAGAGAAAUAAUUGUCGUUGAUGAAGCUUGUUUUUAUGACUGACAUGUUU